AAAUAAUCAUUAUAUGGCUCUGAAAAGAGUUAUUUUUAUUAAAUUGAAUUUUUGAUGAUUGAUUAAAACAUUUAUAAAAACUACCCUCGUAAAAAUUAUUAAGAUGAAAUUUGCUCUAGAAUUAUUUCUGGUUUUAACCUUAGUUUUUUUUUCCACUAAUUUUGUUUCUAUACCGAUUAAAAAUGGUAUCAUCCCUAAAAGAGAGUCAGACAAUGAACGUGAAUCAAAAUUUUCUCUCUCUCCUCCGCUUGGUGAAUUUUCAAAAGAUUCAAGAUUUCCUCUUUCUGAUGAUUUUUCAUUCAAGAAAUCGUCGAAAAAAUAUGAUGAUAGGAAAUUGCCUAAAUUCCUUAAAUUUCCGAAGGGUAUUUAAUUGUAGUUACUUUUAUAAAAUCUAUAAAUUUUUGUUCUUAGGUUUAAAUAAAUUACGAAUUAGUAAGA